AAAAGUCAAACAGAGGAGGCAUUUGCUGUGAGAAGGAGAAACUGAACAGGAAUGGUUUAGGAGGAAGUUGGAGGAAGAGGAACGGGCUUGUCUCUGAAUCGAUUUGGUUUCACCAGCUCCUCUGAUUUUUGAAUUCUGUUGACAGUUGGGUGACCAAUGAAGUGACCCAGAAUGGGCUUCCCUCCUUCGCCUGAAACUCCAUGAGGAACAGAAGCUUUGGUACCGGCAGUGGCCCCUUGCACCCGUCCACCUCCUAGGAAGUACAGAUGAAUUUGCGGUUCUUGCACCAGACUCGUCUGUAGGGAGAACUGCUGGCUUCAAACUCACAUUAAAGUGAUACUCUGACAAUAAGGAAACAGCAAAGCCCAGGAGAAGAAGAAGACACCAUCAGAAGUAGACAGCUGAUCCAAGAUGUUGGCCUGACCCAUAUGAUUAUUGACCUGCCUCGUGCUUGGAUUGGUUGUGAGUGAAAUCGUGAGAAAGGCUCCUGGUGACUGAACUGUUGAAGAUGGAGCCCCUGGAAUUGGUGACAUUUGAAGAUGUAGCUGUUGACUUCACCCAGGAAGAGUGGAGCCUGCUAGACAAGUCCCAGAAAAACCUGUUCAGAAAUGUGAUGAUGGAAACUAUCCAUCAUCUGGUCUCUGUAGGCAGUGAAAGACCCCUUAGACAACAAGAAAUUAUACUCAUGCCAAGUGUCUACAGGAAACACAUAUCCCCUGCCAUGGCAAUGCAGGUUUCUCACUCGCAAGGGAAUUCUGCUGGAUGUACUGAUCUGAGUGAUGAAUUUACUCCUCAAUCUUCACCUCAAUAUUCAACAGUUCCCUUAAGAAGGAAACAUAAUGUCAGCAAACAGUGUGAAAAAUCACUUAGUCAAGGGUCAUUCCUUAAUAGACAGGGUCACAUUCACACUAGAGGUAAAUCAUGUCAAUGUGCUCUGUGUGGAAAAGUCUUUAGUAAUUGCUUUAGACUCAGACAACACAAGAUGAUUCACACUGUAGAGAAACCAUUCAAAUGUCAACACUGUGGCAAAGUCUUCAAUCAAAGAUUCUUUUUGAAAGAGCAUGAGAGAAUUCAUACAGGAGAGAAGCCCUGUGAAUGUCCUCUAUGUGGAAAAGCCUUUAGAAAUUACUCUAACCUCAGCAGCCACAAGAAGAUUCACACUGGAGAGAAACCAUUCAAAUGUCAACUCUGUGGGAAAGUCUUCAGUCAAAGUUGCUCCUUGAAAGACCAUAAGAGAACUCAUACAGGAGAGAAGCCCUAUAAAUGUCCUCUAUGUGGAAAAGCCUUUAGUAGGUGUAGUAGCCUCAGCAAACACAAGAGGAUUCACACUGGAAAGAAACCAUUUGAAUGUCGACUGUGUGGAAAAAUCAUCAAUGGAAGAUUCUCCUUGAAAGAACAUGAGAAAACUCACAGAGGAGAGGAUGGCUAUGAAUGUCAUCAGUGUGAAAAAGUCUUUAGUCAUUGCUCUAAGCUCAUAAGACACAAGGAGAGUCACACUGGAGAGAAACCAUUCAAAUGUCAACUGUGUGGGAAGGCUUUCAAUCAAAAUAUCUCCUUGAAACAACAUGAGGAAAGUCACACAGAAGAGAAGACUUAUAAAUGUCAUCAGUGUUGUAAAGUCUUUAGUAGAUGUGCCAGCCUCAAGAGACACAGCAUGAUUCACACUGGAGAGAAGCCAUUCAAAUGCCAACUGUGUGGGAAAGUCUUCAAUCGAAAUUCCUCCUUGAAAGGACAUGAGAGAACUCACACAGGAGAGAAGCCCUAUGAGUGUCAUCAGUGUGGAAAAGCCUUUCCUCAAAGAAGGGACCUUAAUUCACACAAUAAAAUUCACACUGGAGAGAAACCAUACCUAUGUCUUGAGUGUGGGAAGUUCUUCCAUUAUAGUUCUGGGCUUUGUAUGCACAAGAAAAUCCACACAGGAGUGAAAGCAUGUUUGCCAUGUGUGUAAGAAGGCCUUCAGUAAAUGUAAUAAACUGAGAGAACAUGAGAGAACCCAGAGCAGAGAGCAGCCCUAUGAGUGUCAGCUCGGUGGAGAACACUUUGCUCCUGCUUUUUCCCUUAGACAACACGAGGGAACCCAGCACAGGAGAGAAAAGCAGAAGGGCCCUCCAUAGAUGUUCUAACCUGAGGUGACUUAAUCAACAUGGAGGCUCCUACAGGCGUCAUACUCCAUCCACAGUCCAGACAGGCAUCACCUGUGGAAGUGGACCUAUAUGUGCGCUGUCUAUGCCUUUAGUCAAUUGCCUGACCUCAGGUAACUUAGCAGAACUCACUCUGUAAACACAAUAUGAGUGUUUUCAGCAGCAUCUUCCAACUUUAUAGACCCUAGAGUAUGUGAGGAGAGGAUAAGCAACCCUAGUUCUUCUUUCACGAUUAAUUGUUCAGUAUGAGGCUGCUCCAUGUGGCCUGGAGAAAGAAACAGCAAUCCGUUCUAGGAUUCUUGCUUGGAGAAUUCCAUGGACAGAGGAGCCUGGUGGGCUACAGUCCAUGCAGUCACAAAGAGUUGGACAUGACUGAGCAACUAAUACACACACACACUCAAUGUGGAGAGUCACUGGGGCUAUAAUCACUCUUAACAUAUAUUCAGGUGAGCCCCAGGCUUGAUGUGCACAAGCAACUCAGUGAAAAUAAGCACUAAAAUAAGAACAAAGAUUAAGACUUGAGAAACACCAAAGUAUGUUGAGCAACAUCAAAGCAUACUUCUAAAUAAUUCAUCCUUGAGAAUUGAUUUCAUGGAAAGUUAUGAGAAAUUCUUUCUCCAUAGAGCCAGCCCACGGGUUCACCUGUGCUCAGCCUAUAUAACACACCCUCAGUGUCAUGAAGGAAGAAGGAAGAGAAGUCUUCAGUGAUUACUUAUUUUUCAGUUAAUGUGAAAUUCUCACACUGAGGAUAUAGCAAUCCUAAAAACCACAGUGGAGCUACAGCUAGAUUUCACAUCAGAAAAAAAUGAUCAUGUAUGGGAGGGGGAACCCCUGAAAGAAAACUGUAACACACAAUCAGGCUUCCCAAGUGGCUCAAUGGUAAAGAAUCUGCCUGUGAAUGCAGGAGACACAGGUUCGAUCCUGGUUCCAGGAAGAAACCCUGGAGAAGGAAAUGGCAACCCACUCCAGUAUUCUUGCCUGGAAAAUCUCAUGGACAGAUGAGCCUGGUGGACUAGUGUCUGGCAUCGCAGAGUCGUACACAACUUAGCAACUGAACAACAACAACACACAAUCAGGCAGAUGGUGAUUUGGGGAAAUAGUUCUUGAUGGAAAUGUGACAUAAAAUGAAGAGUGAAGUGACCUAGCAAUAUGGAAUACAGAGUUUUGUAAGAAAUUAACAUUUGUGUAUAGAAUAAUAAUUGCAAAUAUUCAAACAAUAAAGUCCAUGGCUAAAGAA